UGCAUAUGCUAUGGCUGCUCAACAAGCAGCAGGUAUCGUAUAUCGAGCAAAGCUUUGGAUGACACUUGCUAAAAUCAAGUUCGAUAACAGUCUUCAGUUGCCAAUUUGGUUUUGUUUACUUUUGCAAGCUUGAACCUGGUAUCAUAACGUUCGCCUAAUAAAAUAAUACAUAAAUUAACUAAAUUGUGUAACGCUGAAAAGGCGCAACGACAAGCAGGGUGUGGCAGAGCGUAGACGAGCGAAGGCUUUGAAGAUUGUUAAUAAGUUGUUGGCGGCAAGGCAAGAGCAAGGACAAUAAGGAGGUGUGAAAGAACUCAGGCACGGGUAUCCCCCAGUAAUAAAAAGUUUUGUAAAUUUUACAACGGCAAAAACUAUUAUUGCCAUGCACUGCAGUUAAUAAACAACAACAACAACAACAACGAUAACGAUAACAACACCGUGGUGCCCUUAGACAAUCAAUUUGUACAACGAUAUAUUUUAAUUGCAAACAUAAAUAUCUGCACUGCCGCUUUAACAACAAUUAAAUACUGCCUGCCUGUUUAUAAAAAGGAUUUUACUAUUAUUAUUAUUAUUAGUCUCUAAACGGAAGUACUGACAAUAAAAAUGGGACGUAAAAUCACCGUGGCCGUGACCACGCUCAAUCAAUGGGCGCUGGACUUUGAGGGCAAUAUGGCUCGCAUCCUGCAGUCAAUACUGGAGGCCAAGGAUAUGGGCGCCAGCUAUCGCACAGGACCAGAGCUGGAAAUCUGCGGCUAUAGCUGCGAGGAUCAUUUUCGUGAGCCCGAUACCUUUUUGCAUUCAUGGGAGACGCUGCUGGAGAUUAUGAUGUCGCCCAUAUGCGAGAACAUCCUGGUGGACGUGGGCAUGCCGGUGAUGCAUCAGAACGUGAGCUACAAUUGCCGCGUGGCGUUCUACAACCGGCAGCUGCUGCUGAUUAGGCCCAAGAUGGCGCUCUGCGAUGAUGGCAACUAUAGGGAGACGCGCUGGUUUACCGCAUGGACGAAGGCGCUGCAGACGGAGGAGUUCCAGCUGCCGCGCAUGAUUAGCGAGCACACGGGCCAGCUGACUGUGCCAUUUGGCGAUGCAGUGAUUGCCACGCGGGACACUUGCAUUGGCUACGAGAUCUGCGAGGAGCUGUGGAAUGUGCGCAGCAAGCACAUCGAGAUGUCGCUGGCGGGCGUUGAGCUGAUUGUGAACGGAUCGGGCAGCUAUAUGGAGCUGCGCAAGGCGCACAUUACCACCGAUUUGAUACGCAAUGCGAGCUUCAAGGCUGGCGGCGCCUACUUGUUCAGCAAUCUGCGCGGCUGCGAUGGACAGCGUGUCUACUUCAAUGGCUGCUCGGCCAUAGCGCUGAAUGGUGAUCUGCUGGCGCGUGGACAGCAGUUUGCGCUGCAGGAUGUGGAGGUGACGCUGGCCACCAUCGAUCUGGAGGAGAUACGCGCGUAUCGCGUUAGCUUGCGCUCGCGCUGCUCCACGGCGGCGGGUGCGGCGGCUUAUCCGCGCAUACGCUGCGACUUUGAAAUGUCCACGCAUAGCGAUAUAUUCAAGACAUCGACGCCGCCGCUGCAGUUUGCCUAUCAUACGCCCGAGGAGGAGAUUGCCUUGGGGCCCGCCUGCUGGCUCUGGGACUAUUUGCGUCGCUCUGGCCAGGGCGGCUUCUUUCUGCCGCUGAGCGGCGGCGUCGACUCCAGCAGCUCUGCCACCAUAGUGCACUCCAUGUGCCGCCUCAUUGUGCAUGCCGUGCAGCAUGGCGAUGCCCAGGUGCUCUACGAUAUACGCAAAAUAUUGGCGGACAGCGACUACACGCCGGACAAUGCCGCCGCCCUGUGCAAUCGACUGCUCGUCACCUGCUUCAUGGGCAGCGUCAAUAGCAGCAAGGAGACGCGUCGUCGUGCCGCCCAGCUGGCCAAUCAGCUGGGCAGCUAUCACAUUGAGAUCAGCAUCGAUCUGGCCGUCAAUGCGCUGCUCAGCAUCUUCAAUGCCGUCACCGGCCUGACUCCAGUUUUUCGCAAACAGGGCGGCUGUGCUCGUCAGAAUCUGGCGCUGCAGAAUAUCCAAUCACGCAUACGCAUGGUCCUGGCCUAUAUCUUUGCCCAGCUGAUGCUUUGGGUGCGCAAUCGUCCCGGUGGCCUGCUCGUCCUCGGCUCGGCCAAUGUCGAUGAAUCGCUGCGUGGCUAUCUGACCAAAUAUGAUUGCUCAUCGGCGGACAUCAAUCCCAUUGGCGGCAUAAGCAAGACUGAUCUGCGUCGCUUUCUCACCUAUGCCAAGGAUAAAUAUAAUCUGCCCGUGCUGGGAUCUAUCAUAGAGGCGCCACCCACAGCUGAGCUGGAGCCGCUGCAGGAGAAUGGCGAGCUGAUGCAAACGGACGAGCAGGAUAUGGGCAUGAGCUAUGCCGAGCUGAGCGAAUAUGGACGACUCCGCAAGCAGGCAUUCUGUGGUCCAUAUAGCAUGUUCUGCAAGCUGGUGGCCACCUGGAAGGGUGACCUCAGUCCCAAGGAGGUGGCCGACAAGGUGAAACACUUCUUUCGCUGCUACGCCAUCAAUCGCCAUAAGAUGACUGUGCUGACGCCAUCGGUGCAUGCCGAGAGCUAUAGUCCGGAUGAUAAUCGCUUCGAUCAUCGUCCGUUCUUGUAUCGCGCCAACUGGAGCUGGCAGUUCAAGGCCAUUGACGAUGAGGUGGACAAACUGCAGCCCAUCUAUACGCCCUCUUCCACGCAGCUGCGUCCCAGCAGCGAUGACCUCUUGCUCUCGCAUGAUACCAGCACACAGCGCUCCUCGCAUUUGGACGACUCCAAGCACUCGUCGCCACUGUCAUCUGCUUCGCUAGAUGUGGGCGUCUCCACCGCAGCACUGCCACGCAUGGAUACACCGCCGCCACUAGGCAAAAAGCCCAGCGGCUACUCCAAGGUGCAUGUCAAUGUGCUGGGCAAGAUCAAGGAUCGCACUGGCAUACCCGUUUAGACCAUGUGCGCGACCAUGUCUCUGCUUCUACUAGUGUCUUAAAACUGUUGAAAUAUUGUCUUUUUUUUUAACUCAAAUCCUUAUAUACCUUAUAUAUACAACGAUAUCUUACGUGUAUAUAGUCUUAAGCAAUCUACGAAAAUUGCAGAUUGUGUAAGUUUUUACAACUGUUGUUUGUUUUCUUGUGCUAAGUUUAUCAAAAUUGUUUUUAUUCAAAAUACACACAAAUUAUUCUAUACAUACAAAAUCAGCAUCAAAUUGUUGAAUACAAUUAUCAUAAGCAUUAAUAUUCUAACGCACAGUUACACUUCUUACACUAUCUAAUAUUUAAGAAUGUGUUUUAAAUUUACUUUAACUGCAGGUUAGUUAGUCACAUCGUUUUAUAAAUUUCCAUUUAUUUGCAUACAAGAUAUAAAAAUAAAAAUGGAAUUGAUUAGGCAGCGAAUUAGCAAACAUUAAAUUUGUAGAAACUUCAAAAAUUAAUGCAAAUGAAAUAAAAAUUAAUACACGCAAAUAAUGCCCAGCUAGUAAGCAAAUUCUGUAGUGUGCGCUUGUAGCAUAAACAAACACCGAUUAGUUAAACUAAUCUCCAUAGUUGCUUAGCCCAAAUGAAAUUUUUAUGUGACUCGAUAAAAUUGAAAUUAGCCACUUGGCAAACAAUAACCUCGCUGAUAACAAUGUAGCACAAAUAAAAGGCCUUAGCUAAACUGGUUUAACUAAUUCAUACAUAAUUAUUACAUAAGCACAUUAUACUCAAACUCAACUCAAUUAGCAGACAAAUCCAUUGUCUAAGAACAAGCUUAACUAUAAAGCACAAACAAUUUUAUAUCUAUAUGAAUUAAAGUAGCGCCUAGUGUACACAAACACCUCAGAUAGUCGAUUUACAAAUUAUACAAAUUAAAGCUAACUUUAGUGCACACAAGAAUGUUUUUGGUAAAUUAUAUUUUUGUUUUUUGUAGUCACACACACACACACACACACACACAGAAUUUUGUAGCCAUUUGAUUAUAUACAAUACUAAAUAUAUAAUUGCAUAUACAUGCUGUUUAUGCUGUAUGUGCAUUAGUUAA